AAACGCAACUGGUAUAAAUUCGUGUCGCUGAAAGUCAACUUCAGUACAAUUCACAACUUCAAAGUGUAUCAACAUUAAAUAACAUAACCAUGAAUUUCAAAUUCAAUCUGUUCCUUGUUUUAGUGGUGGUUUUGAUGUAUUUUAAUGACAUAACCUCAUCUGAGAACCCUCCACCUGGCCCACCGCCAAAUGGAGCCCGUCCAUCCGGCCCACCGCCAUCUGGUUCGCCACCAGGACCUCCACCAUCCGCAAACGGCACCAGAUCAUUCCGUAGAGGACUCCUCCCAAGGAUGGGUAAGUUUAAAGAUGGCCGUGCAUGUGGUGGACGUUCCACAACAGUCGCACCCGGAGCAUCACCCGAUCCACGCACCUAACCUCAAUUUUCAACUACAAUCUUGUAUAAUGCUGACCACGUGUAUAUUAAAUAAAUGCAUCAUAAAUUAA